GAGAGAUAUAUAUAGGAACUAUUGGGCCUUAGUGGGCCACAUGGUCUAAAAUGAAGAAACGAAGGCCAUGGUGCAAGGAGACGGGGGGGUCAUGAAACGACGGCGUAAGGACUGAUUUGGCUCUUCCACGUUGGUCUUCUGAACUUAACUGACGCUAAUAAGUGGCCGACGUUGCCAGCGUUUGUGCAACGGCGGCGACGGCGUAACUCAGGGUCUAUUGAUUGCCAGUGUGAAGUUAGAACUUGCAGCCACCGGUUGAGAUCUUGUUACUCAAAUGUACAGAGUUUCUCCAUUGCCAUUUGGGAAAGCUUAGUGUUGUUCUCAGUCGAUCUAGGAACUUCAGAAGAAAUGUCACGGUUUAGAUCAUUGUGGCAAGCCUCGGUGAAUGCAUCAAAGAAGGCUCUAACUUGGGAACUCGAAGAGUGGGUACCUCCAGUGGAGAAGAGUAUAUUCAAGUUCAAUUCAAAAGAAGACCUGAAGACAUGGCACCUGUAUUCUGAUUCUGAAUAUGGAGGAUUAUCUUUUGCUUCAUUGGAGAUUAAAGAUGGAGGAAAUGGAUCAGAUUGCACUGGUGUUUUCUCCGGGUACCUCUCUACAGACAUGAGCGAAGGUUCGAAAUGGAAUAUCAAUCGGAGUGGUUUCUGUGGAAUGCGCUCGAAGAAGUUUGAUGGCUUUAUUGAUCUCGACGGGUAUGACUCCAUAGCACUGAGGCUCAGAGGAGAUGGAAGAUGCUAUAUCUCUACUAUAUAUACGGAGAACUGGGUGAACUCGCCAGGACAAGCAGAAGAUAACUCAUGGCAAGCUUUUGUUCCUCUUGCUCGGUACUUGCCAACAUGGAAAGGAAACGUGAUAGAUGCAGAAAUGGAGAUGAAUCCAGGUCGUGUUGUGGGUAUGUCUCUAGCUGUUAAUUCACAAGGAGGUGGUUUUAUUGGAGCUAAAUUAGGCGCAGGCGAUUUCCGAGUCGAAAUCGACUGGAUCAAAGCAUUGAGAAUGCCAUGAAUGAUGAUGAAGAACAAAAAAAGCUUUUUUCUUUUUUUCUUUCUCAUUUGAGAACCAUGGAGAAGAAACUGAUGUUCUCUGGUUUACUUGUAAAACCGGGAUUUUGGUUUAAUCGGAUUAGCCAAGUUGAUGGACAGAAACGUUUGUGAAUUGACUUUACAGCAAGUUGUUCGGCUUUAAUGGAGAAAAGUAAAGAAAUAAAUUACAUGGGCCAUUAGCAAGUUGGUCCAUUUUG